AUGACUGCUGCUGUAACUUCUCAUUUGGUGGAGAGAGUUUUAACAUUCAUAGAAGACAAGAUUUGGUAUGAAGUUAAUUUAGUGACAAACGUGAAAGAUGAUCUUCUCGAUCUUUCUAAGAAGCUCGAGAAGAUCAGAGAAGUGUUGGAAGAUGCAGAAAAGAGAGCAGUUAAGGAAAAAAGGGUCAAAAGUUGGUUGAAGGAGCUCGAAGCUACUGCUUACGAGAUGGACAUCAUUUUGGAUGAAUGGAUCUACGAUCUUCUCAAACAUGAGGAAGAAGCUUCUGCGAAGCCCGAGCCUGAGCAAAAGAUUGGCUACACCCUCAUCUCGUCUGCAGGUUUAUUUCUCAAGAAUCUUUCUGAUAGUCAUCCCAAUAUAUUGGAUUGA